AUUGUGCUACUCCUGUAUAUAGAUGUACAGUCGUCUUGUUAAUUUUUUGGCGGUGUCGUUUUAACAGUUAUUUUUGCUAUGGCAUUUUUAAACGGACCCAGAUUACUGGACUGGGCGAACUCACCUCCACAUCUUCAAUUCAACAAGUACGUCCUUACAGGCUACAGACCGAUAUCAUCGGUCCAGGACUGCUUCAAAAGUCUGUUUUAUCUUCACAACGAAUUAGGAAACAUCUAUACACAUGGAAUCCCUCUUGUCUGCUUCCUGGUCCUUCUGCCACUCAACAUCCCCUGGUCCCAGAUCAGUGUGACAUGGUUGGGUGUGGUUCACUUCCUGGCAUGCCUGUCUCCCCAGCUGGGCUCUGUGGUCUACCAUCUCUUCAUGAACCAUGAGGGAGGAGAGCCUGUCUACCACACCCUCCUCAAACUCGACAUGUGUGGCAUCUGCAUGAUCAACACACUUGGUGCUCUACCCAUCGUGUACAGUACUCUGCUGUGCUACCCGUUCACGCGGACAGUGGCUCUGCUCGUCUACAUCCUCCUGUCCAGUUAUGCCAUCUACUCCGCCGUCACGGCCCGGAGCAGCGUGCGCCGGCUGCGAUCCUUCGCCUGGCAGGCUCUCUUCCGUUUUUCUUUCUUCCUGUUACGCUGGGUGGGCGUGGGCGGUGGCAGCCCCACCUCCCUUCGUCACUUCCUGACCAUGGACGCGCUGGCGGUGCUGGGCGGGGUCAUCAACAUCGCACGCAUUCCAGAACGUUUCCGUCCGGGCCUCUUCGACUACUGGUGCAACAGUCACCAGAUCAUGCACGUCCUGGUGGUCGGCUCCAUCCUGUAUCUGCACUGGGGUGUACUGGAUGACCUGUUGUGGAUCAACAGCUACAACUGUCCCUCAGAAUGA